AUGAUAACCUCUAGUUUGAAGAACGUGGUUGUAGUAGGAGGGUCGUAUGUCGGUUUGAGUGCAGCGCAACAACUAGCAGCGGCUUUACCGUCUACGCACCGUGUGCUCCUGAUCGAACCUCAUAGUCACUUUCACCACCUGUUCGCUUUUCCUCGGUUCGCGGUGGUUCCUGAGCACGAGCACAAGGCGUUCAUUCCGUACUCGCAUGCGUUCAAGCAACCGAAUAUCCCCAACCCGGACUUGCAUCACUUCAUCAAGGCCAAGGUCUUAUCGGUCUAUCCCUAUCACCUCGAGCUCGACCGCGAAUGGAAGGGCACCAAACGGGUCGACUUUGAUCACCUCGUCCUGGCCACGGGGACCAAACUCCCCUCGCCUGGGUCGAUGCAGUCGGACGAAAAGAAGGAAUCUAUCGGGUACUUCAAGACUUACCAAGCCGGCGUUCAAAGGGCUGAUAGGAUUGUCAUCAUCGGUGGAGGAGCUGUAGGCGUCCAAAUGGCUACGGAUCUCAAAGAGGUCUACCCGGAAAAAACCGUGACGCUGGUCCAGUCCAGAAAGACGGUCAUGCCCAAGUAUCAUCCCAAGUUGCACGAGAUCAUCAAGCAGCGAUUCGACGUCCUCGGGGUCGAUCUCAUCACGGAGAACAGGGUCAUCGUACCCUCAGACGGGUUCCCGCUGGACGGAUCCAAUUUCGAUGUCGAGCUCAGGGACGGGCGAAAGAUACCCGCUCAACUGGUCAUCCUCGCCACCGGUCAGAUCGCCAAUAAUCAGCUCUUGCACUCGCUUCAGCCCUCCACGGACGAGGUCUUGGUGAAUCCAACGAACGGGUUCAUCCGAGUCAAACCAACGCUACAAUUCAAGGACCCUGUUUAUGGUCAUAUGUACGCUCUCGGUGAUAUCGCCGAUACGGGCGCACACAAGGCGGCGAGACCGGGCAUCGCGCAGGCGGGUGUCGUCACCAAAAACAUCUUGAGCGCGAUCGAAGGCAAGGAGGGCGAGAGUGAGAUCGAGAUCGGACCUGCGGGGAUUCAUAUGAGUCUGGGACUGACGGAGAACCUAGUCUUCCGAAAUCCAGCCAAUGAAGGCGAAGAUCCCGUAGUCAUCAUGCGCACCGACGGAUCAAGGGACAUGAACAUCGAAAGCGUGUGGACAAGACGAGGCGUUAUUGUCAACGGCAUCGAAGAUUAUCACUUGUAA